AUGACUCCCAAGCGCCAGCCUUCGCUCACCCCUCUGACCGGGAAGGCCCGACUCUCUUCGGGCCCCAAACCCGUGGCAGCGGCGGCCUCGCCGGGCCUGCCCCAGGGAGAAAAAGAACAACAAGAAGCAAUUGAACACAUCAAUGAAGUACAAAAUGAAAUAGACAGACUUAAUGAACAAGCCAGUGAAGAAAUAUUGAAAGUAGAACAGAAAUAUAACAAACUCCGCCAACCAUUUUUCCAGAAGAGGUCAGAAUUGAUCGCCAAAAUCCCAAAUUUUUGGGUAACAACGUUUGUUAAUCAUCCACAAGUGUCCGCGCUGCUUGGGGAAGAAGAUGAGGAAGCUUUGCAUUAUUUGACCAGAGUUGAAGUGACAGAAUUUGAAGAUAUCAAAUCAGGUUACAGAAUAAAUUUUUAUUUUGAUGAAAAUCCUUACUUUGAAAAUAAAGUUCUCUCCAAAGAAUUUCAUCUGAAUGAGAGUGGUGAUCCGUCUUCAAAG